AUGGCGACUUACAAACAACGCACUCCUUAUCAGCGUAUUGCUGCAACCUACUCUGAUGACGCACCACCUGCAACUGGGGCCACGAAACAAGCUGCUGCUGCUGCUGCUGCUGCUGUUGCCGCAACGAGCCAUGCUACAACUGUCCAUCUGACCUCUCUGCACCACCACCACCACCAACAUCACAAUAAUAAUCACCACCCCUACAGCAGCAGUAGCAGUCUCCACUACCCUGAGGAUGAGUUUGUCGAGAAUACCUCGGACCAUGAAUGGACAUCGAUCCGUAACAGCAACAGUACUGCCAGCGCCCGUGCCAGAGCAAGACAACAGCAGUACCUGGACCAGCAACAGCAGCGCACAAGAGAAUGGCAGUUUGUCCUUGCUCAACAUCAUCGCCAAUCCCUCUCGCCCCCUGGUUUAGCCAUUAUACCCAAGACCACAGCAACGACUACGGCUGCAGCCACGAGCAGAGAGGUUUCCUCGGAUGAGUACGAAGAUAUCCUCUCUGGCACAGAGACUCCGUCGGUCGUCGCCAGUCCCGGUCCCAAUCUUAUUAGCACAGGAGCCAGCAUCUUUGGGUUCUCUGAUCUGACAAGCGAUGGUCUUGGCAGUGUGGGCGAAUGUGAGGACCCCGGGGUAUGGUCGCACGAGGACGAGGACGAUAACCUGUCACUCUCCAUCCCCGUCCUUCGUCGUCUCCCAUCUCCGUCCUCUCCCUUCAUUGCUUCUUCUACAGCCAUAUCUUUGAGUAAUAUCCCGACGCCAUCCUUUGCGGCCAGUCCCCACCAUAUGGCUGUUGAGCACACCUUUCAAAACCAGAUGCCCUUUCACGAUGGGUCCGGCAACUUUACAACAGCCAGAAGUGUCAGAUCACAACUCGACUCGGAUGUGGAUUCGGAGCGGGGGUGGGAGAGCUCGUCCUCAAGGGCAUCGUCUCUGCUUCGACAGUAUCGAUCAAGACCCACAGUCCAUCGACGAAUCUCUUCCUCUGAAUUUCAGGCUGUUAUCCAGAAUAUUGCAGAUCUGCAGCAUACAGGUGCCCGCCCUUCAAUGACACGGCAGUCUAGUCGACCAAGGGGUGUGGAUGAUCAGGCAGUUUCGUCCUCGAGAUCGCAACCUCUUUUUACCUACCCAAGUGCUGUCACCAAAAGGCCGAUCUUUAAUAUUUAUGAAUCUGAGAUGGAGGACAUGGCCGACAUGGUGUUGGAGGUUCCUGCGAAGAUAGGGUGGCUUAACGCCUUUGAGCUGGCCCUGCAAGCAAUGCAGUCAAAUGGACAUGGCGCUAGCAUGAGUGAAGCGACUAUGCUGAGCCCGAUAAAAGUCUUUGCAGAAAUCAAAGAAUCUACGACUGAGAGCUCUAUCGCAUCAGAAUCAUCCGUACCAACCGACAACAAUAGCGGCAGCAGCGAAGGAUCACUGCAGCAGCAAGUUAAGCAGAACAUGUCGGCAGCAUCCUUUGAGACCCUGAAACGGCUCCAGACUAGAAAGCGAUCCAACCCUCAUCGACCCUAUUCAUCUGACCCGAUGCAGGUCGAUUUUUCGCCAACACUAAAGGAUCGACCAAUGCCGGAGGAUAUCUGUCAUAAGGAUCAGAGGAUCAAGUCACGAUCGACAGGAACUUCGACAUCGAAUAGCAGUAGUAAUAGUAGUCUUGGUAUGCGCACGACGAACUUGCUCGCGGUCGUGCUCUCGACGCUGCGUCGGUUCCAGAACCAUGUCCAGUCCAAUUUGCUGUAUGCGGACUUUUAUGAUGAGGAAGAUCGACAGGCGGACCUGGCUCGCAGUCUGGGUUUUGAUGGCGAUCUGGGAAUUCAGUGGUCAUCGAGGGCUGCGGAUGUAAUGUCAGGAGGUGAAACAGAUCCAAGCGACAGAGCAGCGGCAACAGGCAGCGGCAGCGGCAGCGGGACCAGCAGGGAUCGAAGAGACUAUCGGAGGCAUGAGAGAACACCAAGCAUUGCGUCAUCAGUCAGUCGGUCGUCCUCGCGGAGUAAUAUCCGUCGGGCGAAUAGUGAUUGCGGGCUAGAAAGCAUGAAGCAUUACAGAAACAGAGACUCACAUCAUUCCAUCCACUCGGGCCAUCAUCGACCGAGUCUAGUGGAGUGA